CACCAUCUCAUCAUCUAUAUAUAGAUCACGAGCCCGUAGUCCUUCCCUGCAACGCACAGCACAGCCUGCAUAGCUACUAGCUCAGCUCAGAGCCACGCAAAGCCUGCAAGCAAGCGAGAAUUCAUCCCCCAAUUAAUGGCGGCCGGCGCGGGAGAGCUGAAGCUGCUGGGGUUCUGGGCGAGCCCGUUCAUGCACCGGGUGCAGAUGGCGAUGCACCUCAAGGGGAUGACCGGGUACGAGUACGUGGAGGAGGACCUGAUGAACAAGAGCGAGCUCCUGCUGUCGUCCAACCCGGCGCACAAGAAGGUCCCCGUGCUCCUCCACGCCGGCAAGCCCGUCUGCGAGUCCAUGCUCAUCGUCCAGUACCUCGACGAGGCCUUCCCCGCCGCCGGCCCCGCCUUCCUCCCCGCCGACCCCCACGCCCGCGCCCUCGCCCGCUUCUGGGCUUCCUUCGUCGACACCAACUUUUUUGGGUCGUGGAUCAAGGCGAUCGUGGCCACGACGGACGAGGAGCGGGCGGCGGCGAACGGGGCGGCGGCGGCGGCGCUGGAGACGAUGGAGGGCGCGUUCGAGGAGUGCUCCAAGGGGAAGGCGUUCUUCGGCGGGGACGGGCCAGGGUUCGUGGACUUGGCGCUGGGAGGGUUCGUAGCGUGGAUCCGCGCGUACCAGAAGGUGGCCGGCGCCGACUGCGGCCUCCUGGUGGCCGACCGGACCCCGCUGCUGGCGGCGUGGGCGGACCGCUUCGCGGCGCUCGACGCCGCCAGGGCCGUCGUCCCGGACGUCGGCCGGCUCGCCGAGUUCGCCAGCCGUGACAUGCUGCCGCUGCUCCACCAUUUGCUUGGGAAAGCUGGCAAGUGAGAAGUGAUUUUUUUUAUGGAAGUGGGAUGUGAUUGUAAUGAUAUAUGGAACCACUGCCAGCAGAAUAAAAGUGCUCGAAAUAAAAGGGUGAAGAAUGUAAUUCCUCCUUUCAACAAAAGAUGUCUCAAAUUUGUUAAAAUUUGAAUGUAUCUAGACAUGACUUAGUGUAUAAAUGCAUUUAAAUUUAGUCAAAAUUGAGACAUGAUUCGUUGGACGGAGGAAGUAUGAGAUGAUUUUGUGGUGCCCGCCAAUUGUCAGUUGUGCUCAGUUUAUAAA